ACUUUUGUUCCUGCUUGCUCUAUAUUUGACAGACUAGACUAGAGAGUACUUCUGUAUAAUGGACAGCUAUAGCAAUGGUUUCUACGAGGAAGAAGAAAGAACACUUACAGUCUUUAACAAUGUCGACGGGGCCUCUGAAGAAGAGCAGGAUUCAUUUUUCGACUCUUACUCUGCAUCAGCGUCUUCCUCUCCCUCCAGUCUCUGUAGCUCAAACUGGCACUCGGAGAGAUUGCCUGUCAGCCUUCAUUGGUUCAGAUCUUUCUCACUACGCCUACACGACAACUCUGCCCUAAUGGCCUCCCUCCUGCGGCCUCAGACACAGUUUAGAGCUGUCUUUGUCUUAGAUCCCUGGUUUACCGAAACAGAUAAAAAAUUUGGAGCGAACAGGCUCAAAUUUUUACUUGAGUGCUUGCACGACCUCUCCAACCAAUUGGAGGCCUUGGGCCUAAAGCUGUAUGUAGCUCAAGGCCAAACGACAGCAGUGCUAGCUGGCCUCUGCCAAGAAUGGGGAGUCACUCAUCUUUCAUAUCAGAAGAGUCAAGAACCACGCAGCAAAGUGGAGGAGCGAACCAUCAGCGAGAUGGCGUCAAUGAUGAACAUUGAAGUUGAGGAGUUUCACAACCACACGCUCUACAGCCCAACAGAACUCAUCAAAUUAAACGAAGGGAAACCGAUCCUCACUUUUAAAGAUUUCAGGACUCUCCUCUCGAAACUCAAACCUCCUGCCGUCCCCAUUUCAAGUCCCUCGACGAAACAGAAAUACAAUGAAGACAACAUCCCAAUGUUUAAGGUGCAGACUUUCCAGAUACCAUCGCUAGCAUCUCUUGGUUGCUAUGACGUUGAAUUAGGAACCGGCCCUUGGGUGGGUGGGGAAACAGAAGCCUUGAAAAGACUCGAUAAUUACUGCACCGUCCGAAGUAAACCUUUUGACAAUUUCCUUGAUUGUCUUUUUGACAAGACGAGUCUUAGUCCUUAUGUUAGAUUUGGUUGUCUUUCUGUGCGUCAUUUCUGGCAUUACGUGAGACAACUUGCUUCAACAGACAAGUCAAAGAUGACACUCGUUCAAGAAGUAUCCUCGAAACUCUUACAACGAGAGUUUUACUUCCUCGUCUCAAGUCAAGUACCUAAUUUUGAUACUGACACUCAAAACCCGAUAUGUAUUCAGCUACCAUGGGAAUUUGAUGCAGAUGGAUUGAGAAGAUGGAGAUCAGGAAUGACAGGGUAUCCUUGGAUCGAUGCUGCCAUCAGGCAAAUGUUGAAAGAAGGAUGGAUACAUAACUUGCUAAGAGAAUCGAUUGCUACCUUUCUCACGAGAGGAGACUUGUGGAUAAGCUGGCUUAAAGGAGCUGAGUCUUUCGAGAUGUACAUGCUAGACUACGAGCCUUCGGUCAGCUGUGGCUGCUGGAUGAAGAGCAGUUCUACUGCUUUUAUCACAGGUACAAUCGAGCACUAUAAUCCAAUCUCGUAUGGUCAACAGCUGGACCCAAACGGAGACUACAUCAGACAUUUUGUGCCUGAAGUAAAGAACCUGCCCAAAGAGUACAUCUUCUGCCCGUGGAUGGCACCAAUUGAAGUGCAAAGAGAAGCUGGGUGUAUAGUGGGUACUGACUAUCCUCACCCAGUCGUGGAUCACAUGACAGCUGGAGUUAUUUGUAUGGAGAGACUCAAGAGUUUCAUGCAAAGUUUGUCGUCGCAUCAAACAAACCCCUGAAUAUUUGUAAUCCUUAAUAAAAUAAUAAUCCAAUACUUGUUCUCACUGUAAUACAUAUCGAUCACUGUUAUAUUAUUAUUAUUAUUAUUAUUAUUAUUAUUAUCAUAAUUAUGAAAAUGAAGUUGAUCACUUAUUCAACCUGUUA